GGCAUGUAAUCGUGCAUGUCGUGCCCCAGGCAAACACGUCUUGGCCAAUCCCGCGUUGCUUGGCCUUGCUUGGCAUUUUCUAGCCGUAGUGUCUUACGUAUAUAUGUCCGAGAGCUGGCAGAGCUGACGGGAGGCUUGGUGAGGCAGGCGGCCAAUAGGGGGUGCCCCCUGACGCCACCAACUUGCCCAACAGCCGAAUCUGCCUCGAACCAAUCAAUACGAGAGACCUGAAUUCGCUGGCCAAGCCAUCACGCGGCUAUGCUUUGUGCUUCGCCCCGCGGUGCCUGAGCCGCAUCUCAGCUUUCAGAGAAGUUGGUUUCUAUAUAUUCUCAAAGUCUCCUUGGCUUCGUUCUCUUUUUCCAUCUUCCGUCCCCACCGCCAUCUCCACAUUCCACAUCACCCAGCAACAGCCAGACUCUGAAACUCACAGCAUCAUGGCCAAACUCAUCUGGGCCAUCUCUCUCGUGGCACUCCUGGUGCCCCUAUCGGCAGCCCAGAACCUCAUGGCCACCAACACGGAGAACUACAACAGCCCUCUAGGCACGCACUGCCCGCAAGUUGCGGCCGCAACCGAGGCAUAUGAGUCCUGCGUGCUGUCCUACACGGCCGUCCAGACGAACUGCGUCAGCUCGCUGCACUCUAACAAUGCCGAUUCGGCCACGGCCCUCAUCGACACGGAGUGCAUCUGCAGCUUCUACCUUGCGGCGUCACCAUGUGCGUCUGCGUGGUGCGACCAGACAGGCUACUCCAUCUUCGUCGACAACUACUCGCGCUGCGUGCGCGACCUCGGGACCGGCGGCAAGCCCACGCCCGCGCCUACCACUCCGGGAACCGGCAGCCCGGCUGUGACUACGCCGCCGCCUACGGGCACUGGUACGGCCGCCGGCUCGCAGUCCACGUCCACCAAGAGCAGCGCCGGCAGCAGCAGUCUCCCGCUCUUCUACAGCAGCCUCCUCGCCUAUAGCAGCCUCCUUGCCGCGGGCUUCGUUUGUGCUGUCGCUUUCUGUCUCUGAUGAUUGAUGAUUAAUGUCGUGGAUUGGGCGGUGGGGAUGGAAGUGCUUGCAGAUCGCUUAGUGACUGGGUGUGUUAAGCUCGCUCGCUCGCUUUGUUGAUUGGAUUGGCGUUGUGGGAUUGAAGGAAGAUAGCGGCCUGAUUGACGGGAAGCUGACGAGCGCUUUGUUUACACCCCCUUGAUGACUAGAUUUGGAGAAGCCGCCCUGCGGACUCAACGACUUACGGCUUAUAUAGGACAAUUCUCCUAUUAGAACUAAUUACGGCGGUCAACUUAAUGUCAGUCAAAUGAGAAAGUGUCUCAAAUUGUAAUAGUCGGAAACCAUUCCCUAUAUCGGACAGUUACUAGCGCAUUCGCUUCAAGCCCUCCUCCAGCUUGUCGACCUGGGCGCGCAGCUUAUUGAUCUCGUUAGUCCUUGCAAGACGCUUGCGCUGCAGCUCGGCGAUCCUACCGAUGACCUCCUUGAUAGUCUCGCC